CCCACCCCCUGGUCCUCCCGGCAUCUCCGCCCCCUGCUUGCAUUUUGCACUUUCCGAAGAUGGCGGCGCUGGUGCUUCGGAGCCUGGGGUGGGGUUAGCCGAGGGAAUCUCCGCGCUUGGCCAGCCCCAAGCGUUCAGGAGUAAGACCCCACCCCUCACCCCGAAAGGAGCGAUUGUCCCCCAGCACCAUGCUCCGAAGACUUCUGGAUCGGCCCUGCACUUUGGCCCUCUUGAUCUGCUUCCAGUUUGCCUUCAUGGCCUAUUUCUCCUUUGGCGGCUUCCGCAACCUGGCCUCCAUCUUUGGCCAUGAUUCGAACCCGUCUUUUGAUUACUCACGAACCCAUGACGUCUACACCAACCUUAGCCUCUUGCCUCAGCAUCCCCGUCAUGGAAACCCCACAGGAUCUCUGCCCUACUGCCCGGAGCGAUCGCCUUAUCUUGUUGGCCCCUUGACGGUGAGCUUCAGCCGCGUGCCGACCCUGGAGCAGAUCCAGCAGAAGAACCCAGCUGUGAGCAACGGGGGCCGGUACCGCCCUUCCUGCUGCGAGCCACGCUCCCGCACCGCCAUAAUUAUCCCGCACCGCAACCGGGAGACGCACCUCCGUCACCUGCUGUACUAUCUCCAUCCUUUCCUUCAGCGCCAGCAGCUGCAGUAUGGAAUCUACGUCGUGCAUCAGGCUGGGAACUCCACUUUCAACCGAGCGAAGCUGCUGAACGUGGGCGUGAAGGAAGCCUUGAAGGAUGAGGAAUGGGACUGCCUCUUCCUCCACGACGUGGAUCUUAUCCCUGAGAACGACCACAACCUUUAUACCUGUGACCCUUGGAGUCCCAAGCACGUCUCUGUUGCUAUGAACAAGUUUGGCUACAGCCUCCCAUACUCGCAAUAUUUUGGCGGUGUGUCAGCGCUUACCCCUGAUCAGUAUCUGAAGAUCAACGGCUUCCCCAACGAGUAUUGGGGCUGGGGAGGGGAAGACGACGACAUCGCCACAAGGGUGCGCCUGGCUGGCAUGAAGAUCUCUCGGCCUCCCGUCUCUGUCGGCCACUACAAGAUGGUGAAGCAUAAGGGCGACAAGGGAAAUGAAGAGAAUCCGCACAGGUUUGAUCUGCUGAUCAGGACACACCGGGCCUGGACUCAGGACGGCAUGAAUUCCCUCUCAUACUCGCUCCUCUCCAAGGAACUCCUGCCCCUUUACACUAACAUUACCGCUGACAUCGGUACCAACCCCAGAGCCAACAAGGGCUCCUUGCCCAGCGUGGGCGGGAGGAACUAUCCGACCGGCAGCAACCACAACUUCCGACAGGAGAUGUUACGCAAGACCCCCUUUGCCAAACUCUCCCAGGCCAUGGGAUGGGGGGAGGCGCCUUUCGGCACAACCCAGGCUGCGCCGGACGCGGGAAAGAAGGAACAGCCCGGUUCAAAAAGGGAGAAACCCCAAACGAAUCUGGCGGUAGAGAAGGAAGGCACCGAGUCCCGGAAUAUGACCAGCAACAAUUCCAGGCACCCGGUCUCACGAACAUCUGCUCCCAGCCUGGACGCUCCAAAGCGAGGAGAAGAAGAUGCUGGGAAAGAGGAUCGGCUCUCGGGAGCCGAAACAGACUCCACGAAAAUAUUUGACUCCAGGCUCCAGAAGUCAUCGAACAAUCGCACCGGCCUGCCGAAUGCCGAUUAAGGGACAGGCGUGUGCCAGCUGGCACCUAGAAAUCCCCGCCCAGGUCUUGGUUCCAGCAGUAGCCGGCCGUGUAUUUGGUGUCUAGAACCAAUAAUCGGAGUUGCGCUUGUGCUGUGUCCCAGAGGUCUUUGGGAUUCCCUCCCUGUGUCUGCCAGCUAGGCAGGCUGGGUACUGAGGGGCCUGACGAAUCCCAACUUGACUAGAGAUGUGGGGAGGGGGGAGACCACCCAAGUUGCAUCAUGAUGGCUCUCGCCACCGGGCGCUAGAGCCACGCGGCUCCCUGGUGUGUCCCCUCCUACCAAAGCGGGGAAGAGACCCAGUCACGUAAUGGUGGUUCUGCCUUCCUUGUGCUCUAGUGGGGUCCUAGCCUCUUGCUUGGAAGAGGUCAUCUGUCCCUUUGCUGGGCUUUCGUGGGACUUUCUACACUGUUAAGGAUAAUCAUGUUGACUUGAAAAGCAGCGGCGGGGGAGGAGAGGAGGGAGCGGGCUGGCCAAGCAGGUUAAAAGGCAGCUUUCUUCAUCAACUGGGGUUGGCUACCCCAGCCCCAAACAACGGCAGGUCCCACGUUAGCAGAAGGGGGCAGAGGUCUGCUUCCGAUCUAUGCCGUUUCCCGAGAUGAAAGCAAGCGGCUCGGACUGUCCUAGACGGGUCAGCCUUACCGGCUUCCUGUUCCAAAACAGAGGGAAGCAGCUUCAGGCCUUAUUUUGCAGCCCGCUGCUGCUGAGAUGACGUUUCUGGAGCGAGGAAGCAGAAAUGAGAUUUUUGCUUCCUUUCCCCAGACUCCUGUCUGGUGGGGGCUGGUAUUUAUAGAUCCUGUCUUAGGUUAUGGCUCAGAGCAGGUGUGGAUCUUUCCUCCUUUCCGCUUGUAUCCUGGAGCCCUCUUCCGGUUCCUCUCGAUGGGCACGACUAGAUGGUUCACAAGAAGGGGGUACGUGGCCCAGAGGGGUUCCCCAUGGUAAAACUAGGGCUGCCUUGGCCUUUUUUCUUAGGCAGACUUACCUUCCGAGCGGAGAAUGUUAAUGCCUCCUGCGCUGUGACUGAGGCCCGGUUAAAAGCGAUGCUGGCUGGAGCAAAAGAGGGACUCACUCACGGGAUUCUGCACUCUCAUUGCAUCCUGAUGAAAAGGGGGCCGCGAGCCACACAGGAGAGAUGUGAGUGCAAAGACCUGUGAGUUUUGGCCUCCUGUUUAAACGGCGCCUCGACCUGGCAGUUGUUGUUCCAGACCCCGCAGUGCCCCCGCCCGCCUUUACCGGUUUCCAUUUUACAGCCCCUGCUUGGCGCUGCAAACCAGCCUGGUGAAAAAUCCUUGCCAAGGGGCUGAAGUCUAGCUGAAUGGGGGUACCUUGAAGGUUCUUUUUUAUUUUUCAAAAACACUCUGAGCUGUAGGAUGCUGCCCUCUUUCCCAAAUCAGGACACUCUUAUGCUGCAGAGUCUAGCUUCUCUCCAUAGUCAAAGGCCUAUAGGAGGCAUGUCUGUCUUGGAAAAGGGCUUUUUUGGUAGCUGGAACUCCUUUGCAUAUUAGGCCACACAACCUCUGAUGUAGCCAAUCCUCCUGGAGCUUACAGUAGGCCCUGUACUAAAAGCCCUGUAAGAUCUUGGAGGAUUGGCUACAUCAGGAGGGCGUGGCCUAAUAUGCAAAGGAGCUCCUGCUACAAAAAAAGCCCUAGAAAAGACCUCUGGCGCUAGACAAUGGAAGUUAGCAAACUCCUCCUCUUAAGAGAAAGGUGUUCUGCCCCCCCCUUUCCCCCGAGCGAUUUGUAGAACAGAUCUGUAUUCUCCAUCCCUCCCCCACUUCUCUUGGGGCUGGUCCCAGCCUGCCAUCCAUAUGUAUCCCCACACCCCAGCCAACCUCCCUUUAUUUCUCCUCGCUUGGAUGUGCAUUUCACAAUCUCUUAGCUGUUGCCGAUGGUGUGUAACUUAUUCUAUUUAUGAAGAAAUCUCUCCCUUCCUGCAGUUGCUCCUGCCUCCAACUGUUCCCGCCCCUCUCAACUGUUUUUGAUAAUCGUCUUUUUUUUUUUUAAUGAAAUAAAAACUGUCCACUGAGCAGA